CGUUGGAGUGUGCUGCCGGCAUUGACCACUGAAGGUUUGAAGGUGCUGCGGAUCUUUCAGGAGUCCUUCAAUGCUGACCGAUUCGUCGAAUUCAUCGAAGAGGACCUGCUACCAAUCAUUGGUCCAUUCCCUGGUCCAAACAGUGUCAUUGUGCUUGAUAAUUGUCGAAUUCAUCAU